AAAGUAGAAGCGACACUAAUCGAUGGGUUGUUCGAAUUGGGAAUUGAGCACAUUGACCCGUAUUUCAUAAUUGCUUUCGUAUUAUUUCAGAUGAUUGUGCGGAACACUUUGAGAUUCGCGCUGUUGGCCUUGUGCCUUACCAGUUUAAGUCGCGCCCACUUCCCGGAGUACUGCGCAGAGUGCGAACAGGAGAUCUGGGAGCAGGUGCCAUGCAGUGAGAUUAGCACCUCAACCAGUGCACCGCCCACCACAAAUGUGCCACCCACGCGUCCCAGCACAACAACAAGCAGCACCACAACCGAGUUGCCCAUCAUCACCACUGAGCGGCCAACUCCACCCACAACGACCACAACGGAGGAGCCCGUGACCUCAACUCCUUACCUCAGCACGCUGCCCUACUACAGCACACCUGCUCCGGCUUAUCCCACCAAUCCUUCGACCUAUAAGAAGUGCUACUGCGAAUGCAAGCUGGGUUGCAAGGAAUUCUGUCGCAAGGUCUCGGUGGCCAGUCCCAAGCAGCAGAUCUCGCAGAUUACCGCAACGGGUGACUAUGCACCAGGUGGUCAAGUGGAGUACACGCAUUCGCAUCACAGGAAAUACUAUCCCAAGUAUGCGGCACCCUCCAGACCAAGACCCUACAAACCAUACCCAUUGGUCUACAAUGAGGCAGCUGCUUCAGCACCAGCUGUGAACAACAUCAAUGCGCCCAACUACACGCUGGAGGAGCUGGCGCAUCUGCUGAGCACAGCCUACGGCACCAAGAAGGGUUAUCCGGCGAGCAAUGCCCCAUCGCAGGAGCAGGUUUACUACUCACCCUCCCCACCGAAGUAUAAGCCCGAGUAUAAACCUGAGUAUAAACCUGAGUAUAAGCCUAAGUAUAAACCGGAGUAUAAACCCGAAUAUAAACCUGAGUACAAACCGGAGUACAAACCGGAGUACAAACCUGAAUAUAAACCCGAAUACAAACCCGAGUACAAACCCUUGAUCAACAAAGUCAUCGCUGUAGCCGGCCCCAAAAUUAGAACCGCCGCCUCAGCCGUUGUCUCUGGUGCUCGUGCCAUUGCCAAGGCCAAGACGCCCUACAAGGAGGUGGUGGCCACCUCAGCGCCCGUCUACGACAGCACCACAUCGUAUCCCAUUGCACCGCCAGAACCCGAGCCCAAGCCUUAUGCGGCACCAGAACCCGAACCAGUUGCAGUUCCGCAAACCGAAGCGUAUCCUGCACAGACAGAAGCCUAUCCUGACAAAUCCUCAUACGAGGCACCCGAAUCGAAUGCCAUCAAGUCGGGUUCACCGCCAUCUUCCUCCUUCGAUCUGGCCAUCGACAACUAUCUGAAGGACUUUGGCUAUGGCAACCAGGUGCGAGACUUGGACUACUAAAGAGGGAUUACCAAACAUGGAAAGGCCUUCAGUUGUUACUAGUUGUUAUUAGGUUUAGAACUAACUACUAUGACCUGAGUUGUAGCUAAGUUGGUGUACAAUAAAAUAU